CUUAACUAUGGGUGAGCAGUAAUUCCUUCUGCUAUCUGUACCGGAGAAAGAGCUCUGCUCCCGUGGAAUGGCUAUGCACGCCCACUGGGUGUGCACGUGGUUGGUCGGUGUGUGGUAAAUCUGUGUUGUGCCUUGCGUUGUUACUUGCUAACCAAGUAUCCUGAUGCUGAGCCUUAGUGUAGGGAAUCUGAUAUAGGACUAGGUCUUCGGUAGUGUUGCUUAUCCUUAGCUCUCGUACUUUUUCACUAAUCUUUAGCAUUUAGACUUCCUUUUUGUUGCACAGUUAUUGGUAUUCCACUGAAUUCUCCAGUUGGCCCCUACUGUAGUACACAUUUCUAUGGGUCUUGGUUCGUCUUGCAGUAGUCUGCUAGUAUGGUAUCGAGAAUAUCGGGUAGAUGCCUUCCUUGGUAGGAGGUUGUAAGCCCAGCUUGUGAACAUUUCAAGCUUUUGGUGUGUGGCCAUUCAGGCCAGCAUACUUAACACCUACUGCCAGUAUGGUAUUGUUGCUGCAGGUCCAUCAGCAUAACAUCAUGUUGCCCUUCUACUACUUGGAAGUACCUGUUCAAAACAAUGAAUGGCAUGCAGUACUACUGAGCAUCAACACCUCACCGUUCCUGUAUCAGCCAUAUGUCGGCCAAUACCAUGGGUCCACCAGAUUCUUGAUGGAUACACCUGCUGCCAUCAUUUGCCUCGCUGUGUUCCACUGUAUGAAGGCGCUGGCCACGAUCUGAUGUUCUGCUAUCUCCAUUUGCACCUAAGUAACACUAUGUGUGUACUGGUAAUUGUUUUACCUGCCUAUACUUAACUGGAGAACACUGGAGGUUUCAAUAUCACACCUGAUGCAGUCAAAUUGCUUCGUCAGCUGUUCACUGUUGUAAGGAGGGUUAUACAGGUUUCUCUUUCCUUGUCGUUGUACCACCACAGACUGCGAUGAUAUCAGCUGUCAGAUUGCCCGCUUUCACCCAGGGAAUAGUAUUUCACAGCCUGUUCAACCCUACUGUAUCAUUUGAGCCGAUGUCGUACACUGGAAACUCAUACUGGAUAGCUAAGAAUGGCAUCAUCACUGCUGAGCGACGUGUCCUGAAGGAACUUGGCUUUUGUUGUCAUGUCAAGCAUCCACACAAGUUGAUCACCACGUUCCUGCAGAUCCUGGAUCAUGGCCGGCAUGAGAAGCUUGUACAACUGGCAUGGAACUACAUGAAUGACAGCCUACGCUCUAAUGUCUUUGUGCGCUUCCCGGUUGAGACUAUAGCAUGCGCAUGUAUACAUUUGGCAGCGCUCAAGCUGAAGGUUGCCUUGCCAAGCAACCCUCCGUGGUACUGGGUGUUUGACACAUCUCUGGAGGAUAUUCAGAUGAUCAGCUUCACCAUUCUCAUGCUGUAUGAAAGGAAACAGCGUUCACUUGGCGAUUUGGAUGAUGCCAUUGCGAAAGCCAAGAAGUCUGUGUCUGCUAACUCGAGUGCAUCGAACGUCAACUCGCCGGCAAUGACUCUCUUAGCACCGUCCCCAGCCCCGCCAGAGUCUGUGGCUUCUAGCACCAACUCACCAGCUCUAGCCCGUGCCUCCUCGUCAGCGCACAAGCACAGUAGCAGCCUUGCAACGAAUCGCACCGACUCGCCCAUGCCCAAUGGAAAUGGCAGUGGAACUGCUCAUUCUUCAACUUUGCCUUCAUCGCCGAAGAAGAGCCCUGGAAAACGGCACGAGAAGGCCGAGAGUCCAGCCAAAGGCCGACGGAGUGGUGAUGAUAACAGCAGCGCCAGUGGUAGUGGUUCUGGCAGUGACAGUGAUAGUGGCCAUAGCAGCACUGGCCAUAGCAGCAGCAGCACCGGCAGUAGCAGUAGGGAUAGUAGCCCUGCCACUCGCCGAGGACGCUCUCCCGACGCUAGACGACAUUCACAAUCUCCAGACCGCUAUAACAGCAGAAGUCCGCCAAGAAAACACUAUAGCCGAUCUCCAGAGAGGCGGCGCAGUAGAAGUCCACACGGCAACAGAAGACGUCAUGGGAAGAGUCCAGGACGCCGACGUAGUCCACAUCGUCAUCGCAGCAGAACGCCUGAACGACGUCGCUCUAGAAGUCCAUACCGGCGACUUGCUAGCCCUCGAAGACGCGAUCGUGAAGGUGGACGCUGGAGGGAGCGCGAUGAUCGUGGCCACUCCAGGUUCUCUUCUCACAGUAGCCGGCAUGACAGGCAUCGUGAUCGCUAGUAUUGCAACAACCAACCAUAGUACUAGGCAAGUGUUUUUUUUUAUCCUUUUCAACUUGAUGGGCAUAUCCUCCAGUGCUCAUACAUUCUUUUCAUAGCUGUUCAAUUCUCAAAAUUUAAAAAAAAAAGUUAACUUCUAGAUGAUUGUACAAAAUCUUGAUUGAAAACAUCAAAAAGAAUUUUUAUGCUUGAUCAUCCACCAUAUCAACUCCUCUCAUGAAAGUAUCAUGAUAUCCCAUGAAAACAACUGGUUUGUAACUUCAUGCUCAAUGCAUUAUAACUGUACUUAUUUUGUGGGCUUUUCUCCAUUCUAGCAGAAUAAACACGUUCAAUGUUUUUA